UCGCCAUUGCGACGUGAUUGCCUACUACCGAACUUUCAUAUCGUGUUCGUGCGUGAGAAUUCGUUCCGGUGUGUCCCACGUCGGACUUCCUUGGCUGCGGCCUACGCAAGUACAAACGGGUAGAAAGCUGGCGUUGAUCGUAGAGUAAUUUACCUCCGUGUCAAGGUCUUAGUGCUGAUUCACCGCGGAGACUGCAAGGGCGGACAUCAUUAUCGGAAUAAUGAAGAGAGAAGCCGAGGCUGGCGCCAUGACAGGUUCCGGGGGUCCGACGAGCCCUCAUAAACGUUAUCGACAGGGUGACGAUGAGCUCCGUCUUCUCAUCCCGAGUAAGGUUGCUGGUUCAAUAAUCGGCAAGGGUGGUCAGAAUAUCACGAAACUCAGAAGUCAGUACAAAGCCUCAAUCAUUGUACCCGAUUGCCCCGGACCCGAACGGGUACUCACCAUCAGCUCGGACCUGCCCACUGUUUUGCAAGUGUUGAACGAGGUCGUACCUAAUCUGGAGGAGAAUGGUUCCCGCCAUGGCAGCGACGAGAUCGACGUGCGCAUGCUGGUGCAUCAGAGUCAAGCGGGAUGCAUCAUCGGUAAAGCAGGUCUGAAAAUCAAGGAGCUCCGUGAGAAAACUGGAGCCAGGAUCAAGAUCUAUUCGAACACCUGUCCCCGCAGCACGGAUCGUCUCAUCAGCAUCUGCGGGAAACCCACGACGUGCAUCGAAUGUAUACGUGAAUUGAUCGCCACCAUUAAGACUUCACCGCUAAAGGGUGUGAACAAUCCUUAUGAUCCGCAUAACUUCGAUGAUUUUUAUGCUGAUGACUAUGGCGGUUAUGGAAACGCCGAUGGUGGUCAGGGUAAGGUCGGAGGAUUUGGUGGUCCCGGUCGUGGUGGCGGCGGCGGCGGCGGCGGCGGUGGUAGCGGAAACCGAGGCGGCCCGCCACCCUACGGCGGCGGAAAUUACAACGGUGAUGGAUGGGGGAUGCAAGGAGGCGCGCCCAAUGGUUUGGGUGGCGGUGGUAACACGGGAAUGGGUGGCCCUAUGGGUGGAAACAACCAAGGCAACCAGGGCAACAUGAGUGGAAACAAGACCAGUACACAAGUCACCAUUCCUAAAGACUUGGCCGGAGCCAUAAUUGGUAAAGGUGGUGCGAGGAUCAGAAAAAUUAGAUCCGACAGUGGUGCCGGAAUAACUAUAGACGAGCCACUGCCUGGUAGUAACGACCGCAUCAUUACCAUCACUGGGAUUCCCAGUCAGAUACAAAUGGCCCAGUACCUGCUGCAGCAGAGAUACAUGGAUGGGUUCACUACAAACGACAGCGAUAAAUUUUUUUCAUCCCUAGUGAAAUUGGUACGACCCGACAAAAUCUCGAUAGACAAUACGAUUGCGAGGCAAUUUCUCGAUAGACUCGACAUAACGGUCGAAACGCUCAUGGAGCAGUUGAUGCAACCUUGCAGCGCGUUACUGUUAAGAUGCGUUUGGAUCGGCAAGAUUUACGAUUGCAGCAAGAUCUUCAAGACUAUCAAAUCCAAGGAGGGUUUCUGUUGCGCUUUCAAUUAUCACUACAAUCUUAACGGACACAUAUCCAAUGACUUUAAUACCAACGAUUUCAACAACACUUCUGAUGAUUUGCCGGGUGUGCACACAAUUUUGAACGCACCCGGAAGCGGCCAGGACGUGGGACUCGCGGUGGCCUUAAACAUCGAGCCUGACAUGUAUAAAGCUACUUCGCGUCCUUACGUAGGAGCUUCCAUUAUAAUACAUAAUGCAAUUGAUUUUCCCGACAUUGAUGCACACAUGGUGGCCGUGCCGAUUGGUCACGUCCUGGAGAUAUCCGUUACCGGGACGUCUAUCAGAGGUAUGGAAAGUUUGAAGACCAUAUCUCAGGAGAAACGUAUGUGUUAUUUCCACAACGAGGUACCAGGCAAGAUUCGCUAUAGCUAUCAAUCGUGCGUAUCAGAGUGCAUAACCAAGUACAUACAUCGUAUGUGCGGCUGCCUGCCAUUUUAUUAUCCGGAGGCGCAUUCGAAACUAAAUUAUGGGGAAAUGAAAUAUUGCAACAAAAAGUGUCUGCCUCAAUGCUCAGAUAUAUUCUACACUAUCAAUCCAGAAAAUAUUAAAAUGCAGGACGUGGGAUAUGAUUCUGAUCUAAUGCACGACUUCGAUAAAAAUAAAGUGGCUCUCGUAUACGUAUUUUUCGGCGAUGCCUCGUACAUUGAGUAUCGCAAGGAAAGUAUCAUCAGCUGGGAUUCACUCAUCGGAUAUCGCAAAUGUUUAGCAUAUGUGAAAAGACAUGUGGACUGGUUUAAUGUCUAUUGUGAUAAUACGAAUCUGCACGGUUUUCGUUACAUAAAUAUGGAUGAAUCGUCGAUAAUCGAGAAUAUCCUCUGGUUCCUGAUUUGUAUAUUGUCCAUUGUAUUCUGCAUUAUAUUGAUGUUACGUUUGUGGAUCAAUUACUCGAACAAUCCCAUAAUUACGACUAUUUACACGUCAAAUCCGAUAUGGAACGUGUCUUUUCCAGCCGUCACCAUAUGUAAUAAUAAUAAAGUCUACCGUCCACACGCUGACCUUAUUGCCAAGAAUUUAUACAUGGAUGGGUUCACCAUGAAUGACAGCGAUAAAUUUUUUUCAUCCCUAAUAAAAUUAAUACGACCCAACAAAAUCUUUAUAGACAAUACGACCGCGAGACAGGUCCUCAAUAGACUCGACAUGACGGUCGAAGCGCUCAUGGAACAGAAAGCGCCUGGAAGCGGUCGCGAUGUGGGACUUGCGGUCGCCUUAAAUAUUGAGCCCGACAUGUACAAAGCUACUUCGCGCCCUUUCGUAGGAGCUUCCGUCAUAAUACACGACCCAAUUGAUUUUCCCGACAUUGGUGCACAUAUUACAACCGUGCCGAUUGGUCACGUUAUGGCGAUAUCCAUUACCGGGACGUCUAUCCGAGGCAUGGAAAGCUUGAGAACCAUCCCUCUGGAGAAACGUUUGUGUUACUUCGACGACGAGGUAAAAUUAUGUAUGCCGGGCGAGAUUCGCUACAGCCAUCAAUCGUGCAUAUCGGAUUGUAUAGCCAAACACAUACAUCAUAUGUGCGACUGCCUGCCAUUUUAUUAUCCGGAGGCGCAAUCGAUACCACAUCACGCGAACACGGAAACUUGCAAAAAGUGUCUGCCCCAGUGCACAGAUAUGUUAUAUACCAUCAAUCCAGAAUAUGUUAAAAUGGAGAAUGUAGGAUUUGAUUCUGAUCUAAUACACGGUUUCAAUAUUAAUAAUAUGUCUUUUGUGUACGUAUUUUUUGGCGAUGUGUCGUAUGUCGAAUAUCGCAAGGAAAGUACCAUCAGCUGGGAUUCACUCCUCGCAUCCUUUGGCGGUAUCUUCGGUCUGUGUCUCGGUGGUUCCGUGUUGAGCGUAAUCGAGCUGGUUUAUCUCUUGGCCAGGCAGCUCUUUAGAAGACAGAAAAAAAUGCUCAAAUGUCAAAAACAAUCACGUAUGAAAUUACCACCGGCGUCAAAAAUGUUUCUAUCGAUUCCUAUUAAAGAGAAAGUUCAACGAAAACUAUGA